AUGAAGGAAGCACAAAGAACGACUUGCCUUGAAAUUGUAGAUAUUAUCAUCAAGCAUCCUAUUUCAGGUCCAUUCAGGCUACCUGUUAACAAAGAAUUGCUUCCGCAAUACUACGAAAUCGUUGAUGAUCCACAAGAUUUGCAAACAAUUAGGCAAAAUCUCGAAAACAAGGAAAUUAGAUCGAUCAGAGAAUUUAAACGUAAUAUGGGACUAAUUUGGUCAAAUGCAAUUCUUUUUAAUGGAAAAGAUAGCGAAUAUUCCAAUUUAGCUAGAGAAUUACAAAAGACUUUCGAGAAACUGAUGCUAGAUAAAUUACCAACAUCCACAACUACGUGGAUGGAAAGAGUAAAUUUGUAUCAAAAUCGAUUAAAUCAUUUGAUUGGAAAUCCACCAUCAAAUAUAUCAGAUUCUGUCCCCAUUGAAGCACUUGAACCGAAAUCACUUAUUCCGCUCUCCGCUGCUGAAUACAAAUCCUUAUUUUCAUAUGCAACAGAGUUACCUAAUGAAGAAGAUAGAGCUAAGCUGUUCAAGAUGCUUAAAAAGCCUAAAUCUGUCAUAGAUCUUACAGAACUUUCUUUGAAAACACUCCAUGAUGCUAUGGAAUUUGUAAAAGAUCUCAAAAAUCAAAGGAAACGCUCUGCUAUAUCAGCAGCUGCAGAACAAUAA